CCCACCCGGAAAAUCGUUGCUAUAUAGCGCUUCGCCUCCAGGUGGUCAGGUGACGCGGUCACAUGACCUCCAGAGCCUCAAGGCGGCGCAGUUCGGACUCGGUCCCGUUCGUGUUUUCGGUGUGUAUAAUCCAGAGCGAUGAGUGAAGAUUAUUAUUUGGAGCUGAGUGAAAACCCUGUGCAGUUUGAAAAUGCAUCGGGCGUCAACAACGUGUUUUUCGACGAGGCUAAUAAACAGGUUUUUGCGGUGCGGUCUGGUGGGGCCACCGGGGUCGUGGUCAAGGGCCCAGAAGACAAGAACUCGAUCGCUUUCAGAAUGGACGACAAAGGUGAGAUCAAGUGCAUCAAGUUCUCGCUGGGGAACAAAAUCUUGGCUGUUCAGCGAACCCCAAAAACCGUGGAUUUCAUGAGCUUCAUUCCCGAUUUUCCUCACGUGGAAUUCUCCCACGAAUGCAAGACCAAGAAUUCCAGUGUUCUGGGCUUCUGCUGGACCAGCUGGAAUGAAAUCGUCUUCAUCACUGACCAGGGGAUUGAAUUUUACCAGGUGCUUCCUGAGAAGCGAAGCCUGAAGCUCCUGAAGAGCCAGAGCAUUAACGUGAACUGGUACGUGUACUGUCCAGAGACCGCCGUCCUCGUGUUGUCCACCACCGUACAAGGCAACAUCCUGCAGCCUUUUGCCUUCAAAAGCGGGACGAUUUCCAAAAUGCCGAAGUUUGAGAUCGAGUUGCCAGUGUCUCCCAAACCCGCCAAACUCAUCCUUUCAGAACGUGACAUUUCAGUCGCCAGCAUAUACGGCCAGCUCUACGUAAUGUACCUCAAACACCACACAAGAGGCACCAACAGCUCAGGAGCAGAAGUGGUUUUGUAUCAGUUGUUUAGAGAAGGCUCCUGUAAAAAGGCACACGUGCUCAAACUGAACACUUCUGGCAAGUUUGCUCUGAACGUCGUGGAUAAUCUGGUGGUGGUGCAUCAUCAGAGUUCACGGACCUCGAUGAUCUUCGACAUCAAGCUCAAAGAGCAAGACGGCGCUGUGAAUAUUCACCAACCCGUGCUUCCUGCUCAGUCUAUCCAUCCUUACAAGAUCUCUGUAACAGGUCCAGUGGCUGCUCGCGGUCAUGCUGCAGUGCCGUGUGAGCUUUACUCCUCGACCUGGAGUGUCUUUCAACCCGAUAUCAUCAUCAGUGCAAGUGAGGGUUAUCUCUGGUACCUUCACGUGAAGCUGUAUCCAACCGUGAACCUCCUUCAGGACAAAGGAAAACUGAUGGACUUUCUGCUGCACAGAAGCGACUGCAAGAUGGUCAUCCUGUCCGUAUGCUCUCAGAUACUAACAGGUGGAGAGAAAGGGAACUUGCCUGUAGUGGCCACUGUGUUCGACAAGUUAAACCAGGUGUAUAAGGAAUACCUGGAGGCGGAGCAAGCGUACACCCAGGCGAUGGAAUCGGGACCCAGUCGCUUGAGUAACUCUUAUAAAAAACCAGUUCGGACACAAGCGGUCAUCGAUCAGUCGGACAUGUACACGCAUGUCUUCUCUGCCUUCACCGAGAAGAAGGACGUAUCACACAAGUUCAUCAUCUCCAUUCUCAUGGAGUACAUUCGCUCACUCAACCAGUUCCAGAUCACAGUUCAGCACUACUUUUAUGAGCUGGUUAUUAAAACCCUGGUGCAGCAUAACCUCUUCUACAUGCUUCACCAGUUCCUCCAGUAUCACGUGCUGAGUGACUCCAAACCUCUGGCGUGUCUGCUGCUGUCGCUGGAGAGCACGUACCCUCCUGCUCACCAGCUCUCUCUAGAUAUGCUCAAGAGGCUCUCCACAGCGAACGAUGAGAUCGUGGAGGUUCUCCUGUCGAAGCAGCAGGUCCUCGGAGCUCUGCGUUUCGUCCGCAGCGUCGGCGGUCAUGACAACGUCUCCGCGCGCAAGUUCCUGGACGCCGCGCGACAGACCAACGACACGAUGCUCUUCUUCACCAUCUUCAGAUUCUUCGAGCAAAGAAACUUCCGGUUACGCGGCAAUCCGGCUUUUAAUCCAGGUGAACACUGUGAGGAACACGUUUCCUACUUCAAAGAAGUGUUUGGUGAACAAACACUGAUGAAACUCCCAGCCGUCUGAGGGGAAAAAGGAGACGAGAUCCUGAAGCGUUUUCAGAACGACGUCUCUUCGCGUCACGUCUCAAACCUGCUCUCUGGCGUCUCCUGCACUUCCCCGUAUCUGGACGCACAAAUUCCGACAUCGUGUUCGAUCGUAGUGUAAAUGCGAAUAAACGGAUGCACCAGCGUUCCAACAUUCCGCUGUGUUUUUAUAUGAGAACGAUUCCUCAAACCAGCCUGGGAACAAAUACCUCGGAAACGAAAUUCCGACUCGUGAAGUGUUUCGAGAGGUGAAUAGGACACGGAAUCACGACGUGACGCAGCGGGAAAAAAAAUUGUUUAACAUCGUACAAACAUAAAUAACGUGCAUGUUGUGAGAUACAAUAAACGAUUAAACACGUUUAUAUGAAUUGAA